UGGCGGUUGUUGUAUUAGGAAAUACAUUUGAUUAAUAAUGUUUCUGUAUUUAAUUGUACGCAAAUAGAGUUGUAUAAAGUUCUGAGUAUGUAAUAUCUAAUAUAACGAUAACAUGUAUCAUGUAAUUAGUAUAAAUUUCUUUUGAAAAUAGCCAAAUAUAACAGCAUUAUAAAACGCGGUUUUUCUGAGUACGUAUUUUAAAAUAUAUGUGUAAAUAAAUUGUUUAUUUAUAAAAAGAUUUUCGUUAAAAAAGUUGCUUAGUGAAUGUAUUGUACUGACCAGAUUUGUGCUUAAAUUAACUUAGUUUAUUAUCACGUGUGUGUGAUAUUGAAAGUGAUGUGUUGAUUGUUAUUCUCCAUCACAACAAUGGGAGAGACCGAAGAAUUCAAUACUUUAGCAUUCGAAAAGAAGCUAACACAGCUUAAAGAUACGCAGGAGAGUAUUCAAUCAUUAUCUGGAUGGUGUCUAAAGCAAAGACUUCAUCAUAAAAAGAUUGUUUCUAGUUGGUUAAACGUUUUAAAAAGAGUGAAGGUGGAACAGCGGCUCGUCUUAUUUUAUUUAGCGAAUGAUGUUAUACAGUACAGUAAGAGGAAGAACUACGAGUUUGUUGAGAGUUGGGGUCUUAAUUUACAAAAAGCGACACCUUUAGUCAGAGAUGAAAAAGUGAGAUCGAAGAUUUUACGGAUAUUUAAAAUCUGGGAACAAAGAUCGGUAUAUGAUGAUGAGUUUCUCUCAGACCUCACUGGUUUGCUCAGCGCUGGAGCGAUUAAAAAGACUGAUGAUGAUCCAUUGGAUUUUCAACCACAGCAGCUUGUGAAUAAAAUAAAGCAGUGUACUGUUCUAGAAGCAGAUACAAAGGUUAAAUUAAAAUACAUUCAUGAAAAUCAUUUAGAACUAUCAGAUGCGGAUGCGCUGUGCGCUAGUUUAAAAGAAAGGAGUCAUAAGGAUGAUGUAGAAAAAGAGUUAAAUGAAGGUAUAUCUUGUGUUGAGCGUUAUACACAGGCAUUACAGAGAGAGAUUGUCGCCCGUGAAGCAUUGUUAGCUUUACUCACUUCAGCAAAUCAAUAUUAUUCAACCCAGAGAGGUGAAGUUAAAGUUGUCGCAUAUGCUUACAAAAACUUUGGAGCAAGAGUGAGAGCAUUAAAACGGAAACUUGAUGAGUUAGUACCAACGUUACCAAGUGCAGCGCCUUCACCCCCACAGCAUGAUGAGGAUGUUCCUUCCCCGGGUCCUGAUGAAGACCUGGAUUUACCAGCUCCAGUCGAGACUGGAGAAGAUGAGGUAUCAUAUAAUAUAGACCGGACAUUCAACACAUCUUUGUCAGCCGAUGGUUCGUUGUACAACCUUGGUCUAUCAUCUUUCCUCACAUCAGACAAUCCUAUGGCAAUAUUCAAUGAUACAGCCGAAUUGGAUAUUAGCGCCAAAAAAAUUGAGGUAAUCAACUCGCGAUCGUCUGAAAACCAAGAUUUCAAUUUAGGAGAAAUAUUGAAGAACUUUGAAACUCCUGAUAAUAAUUCAACUUCAUCCGAAAAUAAUUCAGCUGCCAGUGCGAAUAUUUCUCAGAAGUCGCAAGAUGCCUUGCCCGGUCUAGAUCUCCUGACUCCGGACAGUACUGGCAAUCCCGCACCUCCGACAUCGUUUUACGGAACCAUGGAGACCAUCACUAUUUCAGAUGAGCCGGAGCAGCCAUACUUACCAGAAGCUCUGACGAACACCCAGUGGAAUAACCCGACCUGGACUGUUCCUGCGGACCUGCCGCCAGCUGAUGUCGACCACCGCGGGAUAUUGCCGCCACCGCCACCGCCACCGAUACUUCCGUUAUUGGGACACGUAGACGACGUAGACCACCGUCUGCUGCCCGGCCUGCCGCCGCCGCCCGUGCCCGUCGCCCACCACGCCGCCCACGCCGCCCACGCCGCCCACCACGAUGUCGAUCACAGAAAUUUAAUAUCGUUAACGCACCAGACUGCAACGCCUCAGCCUGUUGCUAGACCGCAAAUCGUUGACCAAGAUUAUAGAGUUCCACCGAUGGUGCCGCCAACGGACAUUGUCGAGAGUGUUGACAUGGAUCUCUCUGAAGAUGAGGAGCAACAAGGCAUGUAUCCGACACAGCAAAUCCAGAACGAGAAUCGACGCAACAGCUUCAACAACAAUAAAGUUUUAGUCGGAGGCGACAUCGAGAAAGCGAGCCACGUAGACAAUAAUCACAUAAACCUUGUACAAAUGCACACUAACACAGUAAACGCUAGGAAUAACGAUGGCGCUCAUAGCUCUCCCAUAGUCACUCCGCUAUCAAAUCCAUUCGAUAACAUGCCAUCCGGCCUUAAGUUCAAUAUGCCGCCAACCUACCAGAAUUUAACGCCGAAUUACAAAAAGCCGGCGAGUUUCGAUGAAAUUAGAGAGGAGAUUUCUAAAGAUAGUGUAUACGAUGAUGACUUGAGGAACAGAAAUUUGGAAAUACCAGUCGACCGAAGGAACUCUUCGCCGUCGGAAUACGAAGAUUUUACUAAAGACGGCGAAUGGCAAGCUGGACCUAGGCCGUUCAUGAAUCAAAGGUUUCCUAGGAAUUGGGGACCCCGGACUAACUUUAGACCACAGAGCUACAGUCCCCAGUUUUGGCCUAGAAACGGUCCCAGGCCAGCCAAUAGAUGGAUGGGACCUAGACCGCAAAGAUUUUGGUGAUCCCGUGUUAGUGGUAGUGUAAAAGAGUUCUUAUUUAUAGUGACAGAAGCCUCUAUUUUGACUGUAAGAUUAGUAUAGGGUCUUAAAUCAUUUAUGUAUAUUACCGGCUAAGUUUCAUUUGGUCGAGUUGUAGAGGAAAAAAUUUUGGCUUGUUUUUAUUUCAGAGUUAUUAUGCACAUUAUUAAAAUUAAAAUAUAAGUAUGCCGUAUUUUGUUUUUAUUACAAGCGGUUUGUGAAUUUGUCUUAUCAAUGAUUAUAGUUCGUUAUUUUUUUUUAAGUACCCAACUACACUAAACUAGUGUCUUUGAAAAUAAUUUUUGUUCAUUUUAUCGAUUUGUAAGACAUAUCAUUUAUAUAAACAGGUUUGUGUUUAAUUUAAAAAAUGUCGAUUUAGGUGUGGCUUACGUUAUUUACCAAAAAAAUGCGCGACCCUGAUCCAAAAACGGUGCCCU